UCGAACACACCCCGCUCCUACGUAGUUUCUGUAGACGUAGUCCCUCCACGUCUCACUGGCCCUUCCACAGCCAGUAACGAAAUAGGAAGAUGGCUGCGGCGGAUCGUACUCCUGUGAAGGAGGGAGUCCGGAUCGGUCUUCUGUGUGUUUGCUGGUACACGGUCAGCUCGGGAGGCAACGUCGUCAACAAAAUCAUCUUAAAUGGAUUCCCUUACCCUGUCACGGUCUCUCUUUUCCACAUAUUUUCCAUUGUCGUCUUCUUACCACCGCUGUUGCGUGCCUGGGGUGUCCCGAAAACAGAAGUACCAAGCAGAUACUAUCGAUGGUACAUCAUUCCAUUGGCCUUUGGAAAAUACUUCGCCUCUGUCUCGGCCCACUUCAGCAUAUGGAAAGUGCCAGUGUCCUACGCGCAUACUGUUAAAGCAACCAUGCCAAUCUGGGUCGUGUUACUGUCACGAAUCAUCAUGAAGGAAAAACAGAGUACAAGGGUGUACUUGUCCCUUGCGCCCAUAAUUGGGGGAGUGCUGUUGGCUACGGUGACCGAGCUGUCCUUUGACAUGUCUGGACUCAUCAGCGCCCUGGCGGCCACCCUCUGCUUCUCCCUGCAAAACAUCUUCUCCAAAAAGGUGUUGCGGGAUACACGGAUCCACCACCUGCGUCUGCUCAACACGCUGGGUUUCAACGCGGUGAUGUUCAUGCUGCCUACCUGGAUCCUGGUGGACCUCUCCUCCUUCCUGGUAGAUGGAGAUGUGUCCACGCUGGGCACUUGGACGAGUACUCUGCUGCUGCUGCUGGUCAGCGGCUUCUGCAACUUUGCCCAGAACGUGAUCGCCUUCAGUGUGCUGAACCUGGUGUCCCCGCUCAGCUACGCCGUGGCCAACGCCACCAAGAGGAUCAUGGUCAUCAGCAUCUCGCUGCUCAUGCUGCGCAACCCCGUCAACAGCACCAACGUCAUGGGCAUGAUGACGGCCAUCCUGGGGGUCUUCCUUUACAACAAGGCUAAAUACGAUGCUAAUCAGGAAGCUAAGAAGAAGCUGCUCCCGGUCUCCAAGCAGGACAUGGGUGGCGUCUUCGACCACGUGGGAGGGGACAAACCCCAGCCCAACGGCUCAGUGCCUUUCACGCAGGGCUCGGACGCCCUGUACGGCCGCAGCAACGUGCUAACAGACCACUUCCAGUACAGUCGCCAGGCCUACACGCCGCUCAAUUACGCCGCCAACCAGUACGUGGUGUAAACGUGGCGGACGAGACGGGACGCGUGGAUGUGUGUGUGUGUGUGUGUGUGUGUGUGUGUAUGUGUGUGUGUGCGUGCGUGUGUGUGUGUGUGUGUGACGCUGGCUGGCGCACAGGCUACUGGCGAGCUGCUCGGCAUCGUGCAGACUCUUCUUCUUCAACAUCCUGCUUCGUCUGAGAGGGGGGUGUCAACAUCCUUCUUCGUCUGAGAGGGGGGUGUCACUGUAUAGUAGGGGACAGGCUUUGGGCCUGGUGGCAUGGGAGGGGAUUAGACUUCAUUAGUCUGCAAACCGUUACUUUUUUUUGUUUUCCCUUCAAGAUCUAUUUAUUUAUUGUCAACGGACAUUUCUUUGGGUUUUUUUUUUUCAUUUGUAUGUCUGUGCAAAUGUAGUCGUUCUGCUGGGAAAUAGGGUUGGGGUCGGGGUUGGGGUCGUCUUUGGAUGAGACUCGGUAGAAUGUAACACAUCGAAGUCUUUGUGCCGACCGCACUGCUGAUGGCACGGAGGAUGGUGUUGGACAUUAUUAUUAAUGUUAUAACAGGGUUGCUUCGUGCACGGAGCAAGAAUGUUGUCUGGUAUGCUAACAUGAAGAAAUGAAUUUUGAGCAAAAAAAAAAGAUCAUGUCGGUUCAGACACCAGUAUAAUUGUUUUGAUUUUAAAUGCUUGUUAAAAAUAUGUAAAAGGUUUUUGUUUAAAAUAUUGUUUUUAAUAUUGAUCAGCGGUACUGAUGAUUCAUGAUUAAAUCAUCUUGGGUUGCUUUGUA